AUGAGGUGGCUGCUUUCUUUCUUGGUCUUGGCCAUCGUUGCCGUUGUGCAGGCGGCGAGUUUUACAGGGAACAGGCUCCUGGUAGUGCUGGACGAGCAGGCCGAGCGCGAGAAGUACAGCGUAUUCCUCGAGGAUCUUGAGGCUCGCGGCUUCUACACAACUGUCGAGUCGCCCAAGAGCGACAAAGUUGCACUCUUCAAGCACGACGAGCGAACAUACGACCACGUCCUCCUACUCCCCGCGAAGUCGAAAGGCCUCGGCCCAGCCCUGACCGCCAACAAUCUCCUUGAGUUCGUCAAGAAGGACGGCAACAUCCUCGUCGCGCUCUCAAGCGAGCAGACCACCCCAACCGCCGUUCAGUCCCUCCUCCUUGAGCUCGACAUCAGCAUUCCCAACAACAAGGGUGCCUUGGUCGUCGACCACUUCAACUACGACUCUACCUCCGCGUCGGAGAAGCACGAUGUUCUGCUGCUCCCAUUCCCCGCUGCGCUGAGGUCAGGUGUCAAGAACUACUUUGGCGGAGAGGGGUACAUCGCUGUUCCUCGCGCUGUUGGCCAGGUCCUCGGAAACGACUCGCCGCUCCUCUCGCCUAUCCUCCGAGCACCCAGCACGGCAUACAGCUAUGACUCGAAGGAUGAGACCGACGCUGUGGAGGAUCCCUUCGCAGUCGGCCAGCAGCUGAGCCUUGUCUCUGCCAUGCAGGCACACAACUCGGCGCGCCUAACUGUUCUUGGAUCUGCCGAGCUGCUGCAGAACAAGUGGUUCGCCGAGAAGGCCAAGCUCGGCGACAAGGCUGUCACAACUGCCAACCGCGACUUUGCUGCGAAGCUGUCCGCAUGGGCCUUCAAAGAGGCUGGUGUGCUCAAGGUUGGCAAGGUCAUCCACUACCAGGAUGAGGGCGCCAGCGUAAAGCUCAACUCUAGCGUUCCUGAGAGCAACCCCACUAUCUACCGCAUUAAGAGCGAUGUCCACUAUGAGGUUGAGAUCUCGGAAUGGAUAGAGAACCACCUCGCUCCCUUCGUCCCUGAGACGAACGACAACAUCCAGCUCGAGUUCAGCAUGUUGUCGCCGUUCCACCGCCUCAACCUCUCCCCGAUCUCGCAGACCGCCAACUCCACCAUCUUCGGCGUCGCCAUCAAGACCCCUGAUCAGCACGGAAUCUUCAACUUCCGCGUCAAUUACCGCCGCCCCUUCGUUACAAACAUCGACGAGAAGAGGCAAGUCACAGUCAGGCACUUUGCCCACGACGAGUGGCCGAGGAGCUGGCAGAUCAGCGGUGCCUGGGUUUGGAUCGGCGGUAUCUGGGUCACGAUUGCUGGAUGGCUGGCUUUCGUCGCUGUCUGGCUGUACAGCGCGCCGGCGGAGAAGAGCGUGAAGAAGACACAGUAG